AUGCCAAUUGCAGCACUGCCACCAUCAACCGCGCAGGCAAUUGGCUCGUCGUCAAUUCUGCCCGACCCUUGCAGUGCCGUCAAGGAACUAGUAGACAACGGGCUGGACGCAGGCGCAACAUCUAUCUCCGUGGAGAUCUCUCAGAACACGCUUGACGUGAUAACAGUCAAAGACAAUGGCCACGGCAUCGCGCCGGCAGACUUCGACCAUGUGUGCAAACGGGCAUACACGAGCAAAAUCCAGACGCUGGAUGAUUUGAGGAACCUCGGUGGCCAGUCGUUGGGAUUUCGCGGUGUGGCUCUUGCAAGCGCCGCCGACAUGGCUGAUAAUCUCACCGUCACAACGAGAACGAAGCGCGAAAUCGUAGCUUCAGUGUUGAAGUAUGAUAGAAGGGGCCAGCUGGUCAGUACCGAAAAAGCAUCUCAUGCUGUCGGGACUACUGUAUGUUUGACGGGUUUUUUGAAGAAUGUCCCUGUUAGGCGCCAGACUGCAGUCAAGAAUGCUUCUAAAACCAUUACCAAGCUAAAGAAACUUCUUCAAGCCUAUGCAAUCGCGAGGCCGGUCACGCGUUUGUCUUUCAAAGUCCUACACAGCAAGAAUGAGAAGGAUAACUGGACUUACGCACCAUCAUCAACUGCAAACGUCACUGAUGCAUCUCGCAAAGUAGUCGGCGUCGAAAUCGCCGGGCAAUGUAUUUGCAAAUCCUGGCCUGAGGAUAUUGAUGAAGAAUCCAAUGCGUCAAUAAAGCUAUUCGCUUACCUCCCAAAAGCAGAUGCUGAGCCUGCAAAGGACGAUGUUCUAUUUGCAGAACGAGACGAACUUCUAAAACUGUCGGGGGAAUUUUUCAAAUCAAUUUAUGGUGAGCUUGACAGAAAUCCAGAAGUUACAGAAAAACCCUCAGCUCCUGUCAAUGGGUUCAAUCUUCUCUUACGUCAACCUGCUGCACAAGAACCGAUUUCACCCCCAUCCACUAAUCAUGUUCCUACUGUCAUAAAUAAUCCAAGACCUACUGAUGAGAUACCACAAACGAACUUGCAAAUUUCUACUCCAAGCGAGGACGUAUUAUCGGACGUUGGAAAUGACGAAACUUUAUCACAUGACAAUAGCCUGAAUCCUUGGUCUAUCACCAAGACGAAUUUCUUCAAUAGGUUGCCACAGUCGAGCAGAGCAGAUCAAUUUGUUACACCAACUAGGCAAAGUUCGGGAAGACAAACAGCUGGAAAACAUGCAGAAGCCAUCCAAUCCAGUCACUCUGAAAUUUCAAGCCCGCAUUCUCAAUUGUCUUCAGCAGAAGUUAGCCAUUCGUUGCCUCAAAGAUCCAGUUCGACCUCUGUUAGAGAAUUCCGCAGUUCCAAAGGCUUUCCAGAGGCGAGAAGACGUGAUAGAGAAAGACAUGGAAAUGGAUCUCUUGAAGCAUGGUUCAUGAAUAAUAACGGACCCACGCUACGUAUAGAGCAAGCAUCUGAUCUUAUAGAAACGGAGAGCGUUAUGCUUGAUGAUUUUGACACCGACGACCUCAUCGAGUAUUCCCCAGGAAUCGUCAGCAAACCCUUUAGAAUUCCACUACCACACGAGAAACGUGACUUUACAAAUCGUUCACGACGGCCUCUUCACUCUCCCGAUAUUGAAUCACUUGGUGUUUCAUCACCGGAAAGAGGACAAAGUUCUCCAGUCAUGGAAGAAAGGGCAUCAAGUCUUCACAGAGCUUCAGAGAUAUCCAACAGCCAAGAAACGGAGAGAGCACUCGAUUUUGAGCGCAGGAAACGCGAGGCUAACAUCGCCCAUCGACAGCAACUACAAGACCGGCAGCGGUAUUUAAAUACACCAGCGAGCAGCCAAUCUACCUCAAACUCUCCACAUCAUAACCGGUAUUUGGCGGCCAAAGCAGCUCUUUCUCAGCAUAACCAACAAAACCAACCGGUGUUAGUACAUCGGCAGAAGGGGGUAUUUUAUUCGACCGACCGAGUUCAAGAGAUUGACCCUCGCGUAUAUCUGAUGCGCCAUCAAGCCGAACACCAAAAGGAAUCUUUCAUACCACAAGCGAAUAAUGUAACAAGGCCAGCUACAGAAAGAAUACCGACAAACCGUUUACCACUAGAGAAGAUCCCCCAUGGUUUCGGUGUCCACAAUCUCGGUCUAACUCUCGAUAUACCUCGUGAUACGAGAGAUCUAGCUAAGCAAUGCAAGCAUAUGGUAGAUGUUGACUUCUAUGUUUCGGGAAGAGAGGCAGAAGAUAUAGACGUGGACUUUCACUCAUUCAACCCGCUUCAUAAUCCUCAUCUCCCGGAGAUAUGCAAGGUGUGGGAAACCAAACUAGCGAAUCUCAUCAAGGGCCAAUAUCGUCCGAAAGAUGUCGAUUUGUGUAGUGCUUCUGGUGGAUCUGACGACGCGCUACUCGAGAAUCUCGAUAUUUUCGCUGCUAUCAAUUCAAUGAAUGCAGAAAACUGA